AUGAGCAACGGCGAUCAGUAUCAGGAUGUUCUAUUGUUCCUUGAGCAGACAAGGGAUGAAAUAAGCAAGGUGUUCGAAAAAGGGGCUCCGAAUAACAAUUCGGAGCUCCAAGCUGUGAAGUGUAGCGAUCAGGAAGACUUGUCCAUUAAAAAAAUUAUCGACGAGGAGUACGACAACGAUAUCGAACAGCUGGACAAAAUCGAUUUCGACUAUGAAAUUCUCAACGAACAACUCAUCGACAUCGAGUUGCAAAUAUCUCAAUUGGUAGCUAAAAAUAAGGAAAACGGGGAUAUUAACGAUGACUUUUGUAGCAAGGAUUACAACAUCUACAGCAUCUACAACAACCUUACGGAAACCGACAUACUGUCAUCUGAUUCUUUGAUUAGCGAUUGUAACGUAAACGACGUUUGCACGCAAACGUCGCCAUCUUUAUCGCCAAGUUCCACGAAUCUGACAUGGGCUACGGAAUGUUCAUCAUCCCCCUGUCUGACUUCCACUUCGGACAGCGAUUUGCUGGACGAAGACGCGCAUUCCACAUCUUCCACAGACGGAAGAGAUCACCCCAUCAAUCAUCAGAGAUCUUACAAAAUUUUGAGCAACAAGUCAUCAUCGGCACCAAUACUAAAAAAAUGUCCGCUCAAGAUGACCAAACACACCCGCUCUCAGUCAGAUAGACACCUAGCCGAAAUUGAAGCCGAAGAAGCAUGCAAAUGGCUAAGAGCGACGGGAUUUCCGCAGUACGCGCAAAUGUACGAAGACAUGCAGUUUCCGAUAGACAUUACAACUGCAGGCCAGGACCACCCGCUUCUGGAAGAAGACGUUUUGAACUCUUUAUUCCGUCGUUUGAAAAUCCUGAACAACUGCGCGCACUUGCACCAUCAGCAAAGGGUCACCGCACACACCGAUGAAUCAGAGGACGAAUGCUGCGCUUUAUCCGACAACUGGACCUAUCUGGCGAAAACCAGGCGCUGGUCCAGAACCUGCAAGGUUCUGCAACCGGCUAGCGAGGAAUCCAAAGUGACGGAACCCAAGGAAAAAGAUGACGUCUUCGAGAAACCGUCCACUUUCACCACGAGAGCCGCUUCCUCGAGACGGGCAGCUUCCACGAAGUUUCGAAGACGCGGCUUGCUGUUCAGUGAUAGAGACUCUGUGCACGAUAGUGACCGGUUUAGUGAGUUAAAGGUUUGUGAGGUGAACCACGUGUCAGAUUCCGAGCUGACUCCCACCCACUUGAGGCGCUCCCGGGCCAAAUCUUUCGACAAAAGCGAAACCUGGUCGCUACCAAAUGCCCAAACGACAACUAUCUGGCCGAAAUUGACCGAGGCAGUGCCCAGCAGUCCUGAAUCUGAGGAACCCUUAGAUAUAACAGGGCCGGCGAUGUCAAACUUAUCAUGCUCUCAAUUGCAAGUACUUAGAAAAUUAGCUUUGCUCAAGCUCACCGCUCACAUUGAAAAAUAUUGCCCUUCUCAAAGAACCGGCUGGAGUUGGGAGCUACCAAAAUUCAUACGCAAAAAGAAAUCUCCUGUAUAUAAAGAUAAACACAUAUUCGGCGUACCUUUAACAGUAACGUUCCAAAAAACGGGUCAAAUCGUGCCAAAAAACAUAGAGGAAGCAUUGACGUGGUUGCAGAAAAAUGCCACUGAUCAGGUGGGGAUAUUCCGCAAACCUGGCGUUAAAUCGAGAAUUCAGGUUUUACGAAACACCGUGGAAACAAACCAUGAAAUCGUUAACUAUAACGAACAUCAACAUUACGAUGUUGCGGACAUGGUCAAGCAAUAUUUUAGGGAACUACCUGACGCCCUUUUGACCAACAAGUUUUCCGAGACUUUCAUCCUAAUUUUCCAACAUCUUCCAACUAGUCUAAGACGAGAGUCAAUUCUUUGCUCCCUUUUGCUUAUGCCCGAUGAACACAUUGAGGUUCUGGAGGCGCUUCUUCACUUUUUAUUGCAAAUAUCCAAGGAGGCUCUUGUCAAUCAAAUGAACGAGAGUAACUUGGCCAUGUGUUUUGCUCCUUCAUUGUUCCACUAUUCUCAAAGCUGCAAGCAAAACCUGGGUUCGCCUCAUCCCAGGGAACUUGCCGAAAAUAAGGCUGGACAUGAAUGCUUGUUGUACUUUUUAAAGCAUUACGAUUCCUUGUUUAACAUUCCAAAGGAGUUUUUGGCUCAAUGUGAGACCAAGAAUGCCAAGGUGGCAACUCUGGGUGACUUGGGAAAGGAGUUUGGGGGUUAUCAGGAAUUUUUAAGGGAAUGCCAAGAGAACUUUUUGAAGGAGGUUCGUGAUAAAGGAAGGGGUUUCAUGUCGAUAUCGGGUCAUAACCCAAAAGUGGAUGUAUCGUUUAAAAAAGUGGUCGACGGAAUACCAUUAAGGCUUUGGAAGGUUUGCGCCGAAAUAGAGGCUCCUCCUUCGGAAGUUUUAAACAGGAUCAUUCGUGGUCGACAUAUGUGGGAUCCCGAACUUCACUCCACAAGAAUAAUCGAGCAAAUUGACAAAAAAACCGAGAUUUUUCAGUAUGUUCGCAGAAGUAUAAAUCCUUUACCAAAAGAGGAGUAUUGCGUUUUGAGAACAUGGAAAACCGACUUUCUUCCAAAAGAAGCCUGUAUGCUAGUGGAAACUUCCGUCGAGCAUCCGGAUUGCGUGAAAAUCCCAAACACCGUAAGGGGCAACGUGUAUGCCUCAAGGUACUUGAUUGAGCCCUGCGGAUCUGGAAAAUCAAGAAUCGUGCAUUUAUCCAGGGUUGAUACCAUGGGAAGGUCACCUGAGUGGUAUCAGAAGAACUACGGACAUCUGUGCGCAUUUUUUAUUGGAAAUUUGCAGAAUUCCUUCAGCCAAAAUGCGAUCGGUCCGGAAAGUAAGGUAUAA